AUGGCCAAACACUCGCUAUCAUAUGUUUCAACAGCCAGCGGUUCCAGUCAAUCUAAGCCUCAAUCUCAAAUGAAGCUAGACUCGAUGCUCAAGCAUAAGAAGUGUCCUGAAGCAAGAGCAAAAGCAAUCUCGGACCGCAUCUUGUACAUGAUUUGUGCCGACCUUCACCCAGUCAGGAUGGUAAAAGGCUCAGGUUUUAAAUCUCUCAUUGAAAUAUUGGAACCUGGCUACACUAUUCCCUCAAGGAAAUACUUUUCUAACCUGCUACAAGCCAAAUAUGAUUGCUGUAAAGAAGUGUUGCGUGUCAAGUUGGAGGAGGAAACAAGUAUCGCUCUAACAACCGACAUCUGGACUAGCAGAGCUGUAGAAGCUUAUAUUACUGUUACUUGCCACUACUUGGAAGAAUGGGCAUUGCACUCAUAUGUUUUAACAACCUGCAGUUUUCCAGAGCGGCAUACAGGAAUAGAGAUAGCUAGUAAGCUACAACAGAUAGUAGAUGAUUUCAAGAUAGCUUCAAAAGUAUCUGUAGUAGUACAUGACCAAGCAGCAAAUAUGCUAUGUAUGGUGGCCAGGGAUUGA